AUUCUUACAGCAAAGAUAAGGAGGAAGAGAUGAUUUCUGAUCUUGCAGCACCCAUGACAGAGAUUGAAGAUGAUGUAGAGACAGGAGUCAGAUUGACUAGAGACAUAGGUGUACAGUGUGACCCAGAUCCUCUUUUACAGGAGAACAUGAGAUUAAAGUUGGAACUCAGACGGAUGCAGGACAACAAAUGGUCUGUUUCAAAGAUCAAAGAUGAUGAUGCCAUGACUAAGUUCUAUACAGGACUUCCAAGCUUUGCUGUGUUUUUGUGGCUGUUUAACUACCUGGCACCUAAAUGCGAGAAGAUGGUAUACUGGCGUGGAAGUUCAUCAACCCCUGAUGAGAGGACUAGAUCUAGGCGGUGCAUGGCUCUUGAUCCAAUCGACCAAUUCUUAGCAACCAUGAUGAGGCUGAAGGUCGGAUUGUAUGUCCAGGACAUGGCAGAGCGGUUUGGUGUGUCUGUGGGUGCAUUCUCUCAGUACUUCACCACCUGGGUUUGCCUACUCUACAAGGAACUUAAGGAGCUGAACCCCUUUCCAUCAAGGGAUGUUAUUCAGAGAAAUAUGCCGUCAUGUUUUAAAUCUUUCCCUAAUUUAAGAGUUAUACUUGAUUGUACUGAAAUCUUUAUUCAAAGAUCCAGCAGUUUGGUUAAUCAGAAUCAGUCAUUUUCAAAUUACAAGCAUCACACUACUUUAAAAUUUCUUGUUGGAAUCACUCCUUCUGGUGUGAUUUCAUUUGUUUCAGAGGGCUUUGGUGGAAGAGUUUCAGACCGACAGAUGAUUGAGCGCACCUGCCUAUUAGACCUCAUAGAAGAGGGCGAUGGGGUGAUGGCAGACAAGGGUUUUACCAUCAAAGACAUGUUAGAGAAAAAGGGAUGCACUCUUAAUAUUCCACCUUUUCGUUCUUCUUCUAAUCAGUUUACAACUCAAGAAGUUUUAAAUACUCAAGAAAUUGCUAAAUUAAGAAUUCAUGUGGAAAGAGCUAUUGGCCGCGUCAAAAAUUUUCAUAUAUUUGAUGGUGUUCUUUCUCUUUCUUUAGUGCCAUUAUCAUCACAGAUGUUUUCUGUUUGCUGUUGGAUAACAAACCUUGAUGUACCUUUGAUUGAAAGUUAGUUCUCAUCAGACAGGAUCAGAGCUUUCAUCGCCUUUUCCCUCGGAUCCUCUGUUGACUCUACCUCCACUUCAGAUUCAAACUCUGGGCUUUCAUCCGGAAUAUUCCACAAGUGACCCAUGCCUUUCAAAAGAAUUUAU